UCAGGCAUAAUAAACUACAAUGACCAUCUAAACUUAUGUCACUUCACCGAGCGCAAGUUCAUUUGCUCUUACUGCCACGACGGCUUCGAGCGCGAAUGUGACAAGUUCCUUCACGAAAACGGCCAUUUGGGCCUCAACAAGUUAAAUCAGUACAUCCACUUGUCCACUGCAUCGUCUUUGAAACAAUCACAGAAAGUCAGUAUCACUCAAACCGACCCGGAGUCUUGUAAAACCAAUGUCCCGGAGGAGAAACUAAAGAAAAUUGUAUCAUUUUUCGAUAAAAUUGUCGAUACCGAACAUAUGCUUAGUGAGCACAAGAAUCGGUGCUCGGGGAGUGAAACAGAAGGGUCUAACAAAGUCGAAGACUCCCAAAGUGAAACGGCCUCCUCGAACACAUUUGAUAAACGAACAGUGAGCUGUGGUAACCUCUUCCACCGCAAGUUUAACAAGUGCAAGCCGGUGACUGUGCGAUCAGAUAUGAACAACAAAUUGGAUCAUGAGUUAAUUCAGUGCCAUAUUUGUGGAGAAAUUUUUACAUACAGGCGUCAACUUAGUCUGCACGUGGAUCUCGAGCAUCGUACCCAUGACAAGUUUUCCAAAUUUCACAGUUGUGCUGGUAUCACAAACUAUACUAGUAACCCUUUUCGUGCGAAACGAAGUACAAUGCAACUGGAAGACGGUAAAAUAAACGUGCAAAGUAGCGAUAUGCGUUCAAUAAAAACCUCGUCAAGUUUGAAGUCGCAAGAUUUUAAUGUUACAAGCGAAGGCAGUUUAAGCUGUGAUCCUUCCACAAAUAUUAUUUAUUUUGAAAGUAAUGGCAAAGUUGCUAAUAAAGUCCAGAGUGGGAUUUCUAGCUAUAAAUGGGAACCUGGGACGAAAAUUAUAAGAGUUUGAACUAAAUUUUGAAUUUCGCAUUUAUUUUUUGGUCUUUUUUGGUCAUUUUGGAGGUUAUUAUGUUGAAUUUUAGUAACCAAAAUUACGGAAUUUUUUGUACAUUGUUGAAUGUUAAUAAGUAACCUUGAAUUAGUUUCUUAUUUAUAUUAUAAAAAGGAUGUAUUGUUAAUAAUUUAUUG